AUUUUAUUACCUAACUACAGUAUAUUUAUAUAUAAAAUAUAUUUUUGAAAAUAAUAUCUUGUUCUCUUUUAUAAGAUAUGAAAAUAGAAUCAAACGAGGUUUGGCUGUCAAUGUUUAAAUAUAUAAAGACAUUUUUUAUAUUUUAGCAGUGAUCUUUCCUCUAAUAUCAACAUAAUAAACUUCUUUUUAUUACUAUAAUUACUUAUUAAUCGAGUACACAAGCUAUGACUACGACUAUUAAAUAGUAAUUCUUGUUUGUUCUAUUGCGAAUUUUGCAUCUCAUAUCUUUGGGUUUUUAUUAUUAUACACUUUAAACUGCAGAUACACACAUAUAUAUAUGUAUACACCUAAUUUUUUCAGAAAAUAGUUUUGAUAUGGUGAAGUAUUGAGGAGUCACCUUAGGUUCUCUUUGGAAAUUCCAAUAUUAAAAUUUGAAAAAAAAUAAAACAGCUAUAUAGAGCCCGCGCAGGAUGUUGUGCAGUAAAUAAUUGUAAUCAGAGAUGUGUCAAAACGUUUCGAUUAUAACUCUAGUUCUUAUCAAUUGAGUCAGCGAAAAUUCAAAUUCAAACGCAACACUUUAAGAUGUCAAUAGCAUAAAUAGUUUUGAUAUUUCAUUAGUAAUGUUUCGUGAGAAAAAUGACGCACAGUAUUAUAGAUAUAUUUAUCACAAGACGCCACAUCUGCGAUUUUCUUCAAUCCUGCAAUGGAUUUUAUUAUUUUCACUCGUGUUACAUCGAGGAUUCUUUCUCUCGUGACAAUCGUUCCGAAUCUUCCUAGCGUCAUUAAUCCGCAAUAAUCUCUUGGUCGUUUAAGUUAUAUUAAUUGCGAAUGGACAGCGUCGCAGAUGCGUCAAAUGACAGUGCAAACGACAGUAUAGUUGGUUCGCGAUAGCCGAGUGUAGGUCGCGAUCCAGUGCUUGUCCGUUUUACUGCAAUGAAGUUUAGCAUCGAAUCCACUGCCUCUUAUAACAGCAUCCAUCCGGCCUACCAUUACACCGAGCAGUUUGCUAACAAUGGCGAGACUUAUCGAGAUGGAACUAAAUGGUACGGAGUGUUCUUGGCAUUCAUGUCGGGCACUUUCUUCACCAUUAGCUCAGCUUUAGUCAAAGCGGUCCGUAAUGUGGAUCCUAUGAUCCUGUUGGCUAUCCGUGCUCUGCUGCAAAUUUUAGUAAUGACUAUUGUAGCUUGCAGAGUAUCUUUUGAUUUCUUUAAUCCUUCUGGCCAAAGAAUACUAAUACACUUUCAGGGUUUAGUAGGAGGAAUGACUCUGUCAUUGCUGUACUACAGUUUCCGACAAUUACCUCUCGGUGAUGCCACUACAAUCAUAUUCAGCUCACCAGUCAUAGUCAUUGCAUUAUCUUUUUUCUUUCUAAAAGAACCUUGUGGUGUUCUGCGCAUAGUGGUUGUCUGCUCGCUCUUUAUGGGCGUCGUUCUCGUUGCCAGACCACCUUUUAUAUUUCAGAUACACCACGCCGAAACUUACAAUCUCUUGGGAUAUCUAUGCGCUAUUCUGGCGACUCUGUUUACGGCGCUCAAUAUUGUUGUCAUGAGGAAAUGCUCGGAAAUACAUUACUCUAUCUUAGUGUUAAAUCUAUCGUGUUGGUCGUUCAUUGCGUCCGUUUUUUUCUACUUCACGGUAUCCGCUGGCACGCACGAAAUCCACAAGUUUCACUUGCCGCAUGAUUGGUUUACCUGGUUUCAAAUCAUGCUAGUAGCAUUCACCGGUCUUACGGGUCAAGUGCUGGUAACAAAGGCGCUCAAAAUCGAGGGCGCGGGAAAAGUUUCGGUCACCAGGUCGUUGGAUAUUAUUCUGGCGUAUUUAAUCCAAGUAUACUUGUUUGGCGAAAAGCCCACGUCUACUAGUCUGACUGGAGCAAUCCUCAUCAUUUUCUCUGUUGUUUGCAUGGGUUUCGAAAAGGAGAUUUAUUCGUUUUGCGACUUUAUUCCCUAGUUAGUUAAUUCACGUAACGAGCGAUCGAAUCUCGUCGCUAAACGCAACUUUUGAUCUUGAGUUGAACUCAGCAAUAACCGAAUAACUCGCGCAAUUUAUUAUAUUUAAUUAUUAUCGACUAUUCAAUAAUGCAUAAAAUAUCAUUGUGUACGAAAAGAUGCACUUAUAUAUCUUAAUGCAAUUGCAUUUUUCUUUAGUCAAAAACAUGUAAAUUUUUCACAUAUUUUUCUCUAAAACUGUUUUAAAUUUAUGAUAAUUCACUACACAAUGCAAAUAUAUUAAUCAUUAGAAUCAUUUUAGAAUCUUGACAUCGACAUCUCUAAUAAUAGUAACAACAAUAACACAAUAAUAAUAAUAAUAAUAAUAAUGUAGUUUGUGCGAUUCGUACAUGUAUCUAUGAUGAUUUAUUUAAUGAGAAAGAAAAGUACUACAAUUAACAAUAAACCGCUAUACCACAAGUUUAAAAUAA